GCGAUUUGUCGGCGUGGGCGGGGAUUUGCAUGCUGCGCAUGCGUAAUUGCCAUGAGCUGAGGGCGCGAACUGAUGUUGUUCGAUUUAUGUUUUAAGUGAAAACAAAAUCGGAGAACUAUUGAAACACUAAAAUUUCAUUUUCUCAUGUGUAUUGGGAUUAGUUGCUUAAAAUGGCAUCAUCACCAUCGGAAUAUACCAUUGGUGGAGUGAAAAUUCUUUUUCCGUGCAAGGCAUACCCAUCUCAGCUUGCCAUGAUGAAUUCAAUUGUUCGUGGUUUGAACUGCCAACAGCACUGUCUGUUAGAAAGUCCCACUGGAAGUGGAAAGAGUCUUGCAUUGCUUUGCUCUGCAUUGGCCUGGCAGCAAUCUCAAUAUGAGAAAACUGGAAAAGGAACUUGCUCCAAUGAUUGUAAGAAACAAGAGAGCCCACCUGUGUGCAACUGUGUCUGUCACAGAACAAAAAUGUGUUCUGCUCCAACAGCAGUAACAGGACAGGCCACUGCAGCUGUUGCAGACAAAGAAAAUCCCUCAUCAAGUUUAAAUCAAGAUGCUGCAUGUAGUCCAAGAAAUACAUUAUCCUCCAAACUGCACACCAUGAUGAAAGCAGCUUUAAAUAAGAGUGAUGAUGAUUUUCAAUCAGAGAAAAAGCGGAUGCGUAUGCCUGUAACUGAUCCAAAGGUUCGAAAGCGGAGGUGCUUUGAGAAAGGAGUAUGUUAUAUUGAUGACGAUGAUAUAACUUUGGAGCAAGGGAAUGCUGGAUCAUGCAAGAUGAAUGUGAAUUCUGAGGAACAACAUGUUCUACAUACCCCAGAAGUAUCUAGCCCCUGCAACCUAUGUACUUGCAGUUUGAAGACAAAUGGAAAAGAUGAAAGUGCUGCCAAAGGGAAGAAUGAUGGAAAAUCACAAGUCCCAAAAAUAUUUUUUGGCACUCGCACGCACAAACAGAUAGCACAGAUCACUCAUGAACUUCGGCGUACAGCUUACUCGUAUGUUCGAAUGACCAUCCUGUCCAGCAGAGAUCACACCUGUAUACACCCUGAGGUCUCUAAUAGUUACAAUAGGAAUGAAAAAUGCAAGGAGCUCCUGGAGGGGAACGAUGGAAAAUCAUGCCGUUACUAUCACGGUGUCUAUAAACUGAAUGAACAGAGUUCUUUACAGGGGAUUCAUGGUUUGCAAGUUGCUUGGGACAUUGAAGAGUUGGUGAGCCUGGGAAAGAGGCUUCGCUCAUGUGCAUACUUUGCAGCGCGUGAGUUGAUGCAAGAGGCAGAUAUUGUAUUUUGCCCGUAUAAUUACCUUAUGGACCCACAAAUAAGGGAGAGAAUGAAGAUUAACUUGAAAGACCAAAUUCUUAUCUUUGAUGAAGCGCAUAAUAUUGAAGACUGUGCAAGGGAAUCAUCUAGUUUUAGUGUCACGGAAAAUCAACUAUUGUUUGCUCGCGAAGAACUGGAUGGCAUGGUCAACCAGAACAUCAGGAGAAGUGAUCAUGAGGCACUGCGGGCUGUCUGUUACAGUUUUACAAACUGGUUAAAGGAGAGUUCAGGCAAUCUGGUGGAGCGGGAAUUUGAAACAUCUUGCAAGGUCUGGAAUGGGAAAGAAAUGAUAAAUAUUUUUCACAACUGGGGAUUAACCAGUGCUACAUUUUAUAUCUUGCAGAAAUGUCUGGAUGCUGUGAUCGAGAAAGAAGAAAAGAUACUAGUGCUGAAUGGACGGGAGGAGUCAGUAACAGUUCCAACUAUAUGUGCUUCAACACAGAUGGUGCUGAAAGGACUCUUCAUGGUGCUUGAUUUUUUGUUUAGGGACAACAGCAGAUUUGCAGAUGACUAUAGGGUGGCAAUACAGCAGGUUUACACAUGGACCAACCAGCCAGAUUUCAUUGAUGAAAAUGGUUUCUUUGCACGGACUCAGAGAAGGAGAAAUGCACGCAAGAAGUCUGCUGUACUGACCUUGAACUUUUGGUGUUUAAAUCCAGCAGUGGCUUGUUCAGAUCUUAAUAUUGUUAGAUCAAUUGUUCUAACAUCUGGAACAUUAUCCCCAAUGGAGUCAUUCUCUUCUGAGUUGGGCGUGAAGUUCAGUAUCCAGCUGGAGGCUAAUCAUGUAAUUGAUAACUCUCAGGUAUGGGUAGGAACAAUUGGAAUGGGACCAAAUGGACGAAAACUCUGUGCCACUUUCCAACAUACUGAGACAUUUGAGUUCCAGGAUGAGAUUGGAGAUUUGCUGCUGAAGAUUUGUCAAGUUGUCACUCGGGGUGUACUCUGUUUUUUGGCUUCCUACAAGAUGCUGGACAAGCUGCAAAGUCGCUGGAUGCUCACAGGAUUGUGGGGGAAGCUGGAGGAAGUAAAGACGGUCAUUGUUGAGCCAAAAGGAGGUGACAAAAGUGACUUUGAUGCAUUGCUGCAGUCGUACUAUAACGUAAUAAAGGAUAGAGGAAACAAAGGUGGAGCUCUCUUGGUAGCUGUUUGCAGGGGAAAAGUCAGCGAAGGGCUUGAUUUCACUGAUGAUAAUGCCCGUGCAGUAGUUACAAUAGGAAUUCCUUUUCCAAAUGUCAAAGACCUCCAGGUAGAAUUAAAACGGAAAUAUAACGACCAGCAUUCAAGGACACGUGGUCUGCUUCCUGGAAGUCAGUGGUAUGAGAUUCAGGCAUUUCGAGCAUUGAAUCAAGCCCUGGGAAGAUGCAUUCGACAUAAGACUGACUGGGGAGCACUGAUCCUGGUUGAUGACCGAUUUAGAAGUAAUAACAAAAAAUAUAUAACAGGGCUGUCAAAAUGGAUCCGUCGGCAAGUCCAACACCAUCCAAACUUCAACUGUGCUCUGGAUUCAUUGCUCAUGUUUUCCAAUGCUCAACAGAAGAGUGUUAAUGAUUUACCCAAGAUCCUCAGUAGAAUGCCAACUAUUACAACUGGAUGUUCAAAUGAAGAUUUUCCAAAGCCUGCAGAGGAUAAGAACAAAGAUCAUCAGACACAGACCAUCAGCCAACAAGCCUUGUUUGAAAAUAAUAUUCUGAAGUGCACCCAACCCAAGGCCUGCAUGGUUAACCAGAAGAAUAGUCCCAAUGCCAUUCCUACACCUCCCUUCUGUAAUACCAGCAAAGUGAGCAUCACAGGAGGUCCAGGGUUAAAGGUACACAGGUCAUGGAAGGGCAAUGUUAACAAAAGAUCAACAGCAAGAAGCAAGUGUAGAGCGAAGAGGACUGAACCACAUGAAGAGAAGAAUCAAAGACUGAAGCCAUGCCAACCUGGAUUAUACUGUGCUACCUGUGGUGUUGAACUAAUACAAAAUGCUACAGAUAUCCGAAAUGGAGGGAAGAGUUACUCCAAUGAUCUUCUCGCUGUACUCGCAAUUCUCUGCAAAGACUUACGGUCUGGUUGGAUCCCACAGCUGUUUGGCAUUGCCCUCUGCUUUGAAUUCCUGAUACCACACUGGCAAAAGGAGGAAGGAAACAGUGAAAUCUGA